CGAAAGAUCUCCGUUAUGUCGGAAUCCACGGAUCCCAAGGAUGGGCAUGGCGCUCCCCUCCUUUAAGAUCCUUCUCUUUCACUUGGCCGUCACGAUUUUUUGUCGCUCUAGUAGCUACAGGCAGCAAGCAGUUAGUGUACGUUCGGCUACGUUAUCACAGUUCAAUAUAAUCUCGCUUACAUAUUUCAUCUGUAAUAAUUUUCUCUUUGAUGUAAGAGAUAAAAUAAGGAACAAAUACAUGAUAACUUAUUCGUGAAAGAUUUACCUCCUUGUAUAUUCCCGCAGUUUAAGUAAUUACGAAAACAAAACUGCCAAUCUGGAUGAUUUGAUUCGGUUCAAUAAUAAUAAUGAAUGUGUAGUGAUCUAUAUGUGUAUAUGUGUUUUUAUGUGCGUUUUAUGUGUGUUAUUAAAAUAUGUCUAUGCGAAUGGUAAUACUGAUUAAUUGACUAACAACAGUGGAUCAAUUGGUAACCGUAAAGAAUUCACUUCUGCCACUGCAAGGUGUUAUAAUGUUUUCAUAUUUGUUAACGAUUUUCCUAUUGUGGAAUAAUCUUUCGUUGAAUCAAGCACAAUGGAAACCCUGCAUUGAGUUGAAACAGGACCUUGUGGUGCCUUGCAAGUGUGCCAUAUCUAUUGAUUAUCCAUCAUUAAUUGAAAUGGAUUGCGAUCGAGUAAUUUUUACGCGUGAUACCAUAAACAUUUUACAUAAUCAGCCGAUCGUAUCGAUCAGCCAAAGGAACUGUGGCUACCAGAGUUUACCGGAAGAUUUAAUUAAUUCCGGUUUAAAUCUCAGGAAACUUGAUCUGUCGAACAAUCUAAUAUAUCGGCUAAUGGAUCAUGUUCUGCACUUACAAAAUGAACUACAUGAGCUUCAACUCGCCAAUAAUCUAUUGGGUGACAGUUUAAACCCAAUUUUUUCCAGCAACGAAUUUCAUGACAUGAAAAAACUCAAAAUACUCGAUCUCAGUAGAAAUGGUCUCAGAAAUAUUGAGGAAGGAAUUUUAAAAGGAUGCACUAAUUUAGAGGAACUAUAUCUUGAUGGUAACAAUUUAACUGCGGUACCUACUGUAUCCUUGAAAGGCCCACGUGCAAUUAAAGUGUUAUCCUUGGCCCAAAAUAAUAUCGGUUUUCUUCCACGAGAUUCUUUCAUAACUUUAAGCGAAUCAUUAUUGCGAUUGGAUCUUAGCUACAAUGAAUUAUCUUACAUGGAAGACAAUGCUCUUUUCAAUCUUCAACAUUUAUUGUUUCUAAACAUCUCCUAUAAUUCUCUUAGUCGCUUCAACAGCGAUGUUUUCAAAAAUAUAUUCAAUCUACUUCAGUUGGAUCUCUCAGCUAAUUUUUUCCAGGAGUUUCCCACCAACGCGCUAAGACAUUUAACAUAUUUAAAAUUCCUGAAUAUUUCCAAUAAUCUGAUUACUGAAAUUGAACAAACACACUUAUCACACUUGACUGAACUAGAAAUAUUGGACCUUAGCCGAAAUAAUAUAGGCCAGCUCGGAAUUAAUACGUUUUCCAAUCUUUCCGCCCUCACUACAUUAGAUCUAAGCCUUAAUGCACUACGCACGAUCGAAGAAUCAUCUUUUGAGGGCUUGACAAAAUUGAAAUGGCUAUCUUUAGAAGACAACAACAUUUUACUAGUACCAGCUUCAGCACUCAUGCGAUUACCAUCGUUGGCACACUUGAACCUGCAAUUUAAUCGCAUUGCCGCACUUUCCAUCGAAUUAAUUCAUGCCACAUCGACGAAUCUUGUGACUCUGGGCUUGUCACACAAUCUAAUACGCGAGAUACAACCCAAAUUGUUCUAUAACUUCGAACAUCUUAUCAAUAUCGAACUCUCCGACAAUAUGCUGUCAGCCGUUUCACAAAAUGCAUUCGCUGGUUUAGAAGAUAUCUUGUUGAAUCUCGAUAUAUCAUAUAAUCGAUUAACAACUAUUACUGAAUUGGCAUUGAGAAAUUUGCUCUCGCUGAAUCUGGCAGGUAACCAAUUAAAACGAUUGACGCCUGAAACGUUCAAAUACUUACAUAAAUUGAAGUAUUUAAAUCUUAGUAGCAAUCCCUUAUACGGCGGCUUCCCACCAAUUUUUCCUUCAUCCUUAAUCAAUCUCGACAUAUCGUAUACAGAGCUUAAGAUUCUGCCGGCCGUAUUGCUGUUGAAUCUGGAAUCAUUGGAGAAAGUCUUUCUUUCUGGCAAUCAGCUACAAGAAAUCAAUGAAGGCACUUUCCAGCAUCUCUAUAAUCUCACAACAAUUGAUCUUUCGUACAAUGCCAUCGAGCGCAUAGACAUUGGCGCCUUUAUCAAUCUCAUUAAUCUUUAUUCAUUAAAUUUAUGUGGUAAUAAGCUCACGUUAUUCAUUGGUGAGCACUUCAACACCGGCACUGGCUUGGAAAUUCUCGAUUUAUCAAAUAAUCGUAUUAAUCAACUCUCUCCGACAGCCUUCAUGAUCCAUCCAAGGCUCACACGGCUUGAUCUCUCAAACAAUCAAUUUGUCCAGUUUCCGAGUAACUUUAUCAAGCCAUUACAGUUUUUAAAAUGGCUGAAUUUAUCUGGGAACAUGUUGCGUCACGUAAACGAAUUCGCUUUCUCACAUAUGGAAAGAUUACGCGAUCUGGAUCUCUCCAAUAACAGAAUUGAAUCGAUAGAUGAAUUGGCCUUUCACAACUCUACGCAGCUUCAAUUAUUGGAUUUAUGUAACAAUAUUUUAGAAACGCUGAACGAGCGCUCUAUGGAAGGUCUGUUUCGAUUAGAAUUUUUGAAUUUAUGUAAUAAUCGACUCACUUCGCUGCCGGAGACCAUCUUCGAACCAUUGAGGAUUCACGACAUUGAGAGGAUUGAUCUUUCUGGCAAUCGUUUUAAUGAGAUACCAAUCCGCGCUCUGCAACGACAAUCGGCAUCACUGUUCAAUUUAAAAAUAGCUCGCAACCGUAUAGUAGAGAUAUUCACGCAAGUCAUUAUCAACAAUGUGAAAGAACUUGAUCUUUCUGAGAAUCCAUUGAGCGAAAACGCGAUACAUAGCAUUCUAGGUGAGGCAAAGAUUCUGCGAUCAUUGAAUCUCGCCGAUACAGGUAUCAAAACUAUUUCCAGGCUAGAGAUGCCAUUCCUGAAACAUUUGAAUCUCUCAGGCAACGCAAUCAUGGACAUCAAACCGAUCACUUUGGAGCGCAUUACGAUGCUAGAGAGCCUAGAUUUGUCGAGAAAUCAUUUGACAGAUUUCACAAAUUUGACUAGUAGUUUUAAAACUUUAACCGUACUCCAGAAUCUAGAUAUUUCUAAUAAUGAAAUAAUAAACAUCAAGGAAAGUAGUUUUGAUGGAUUGGUCAUGCUACGCUCCUUAAAAAUGGCAAACUUAACGAAUAGUACCAGAAUUGAGAAAAACGCAUUUAAAUCGCUGAAGAAAUUACGAUUUUUAUAUGCUUACAAUUAUCCUAAGUUAGGUUACUUCGAUGUACAAGGUAUUUUGAAAGAUAUAACAAAUCUAGAAACGUUGGACAUCGAGAUUAAAGACUCAUCAAUAGCCAAUGAGCAGCUAUCAAUACACACUCAUCCUCGUCUGCGAGAAUUAACAUUGCGAGGGGAAAAACUACGUAGUAUUCUCACGAGCUCGCUAGCUGGUGUGCGAGGAUCAAGAUUGUUUCUAGGUUUAAAGAAUACUUCUGUAAACUCUAUACCGGCUGCUCUCUUCUUUCCGGUACCACGUUCUACUAAGAUUGAAUUAGACAUUUCCGGCAGCAAGUUCACUAAUUUAUCAACUCAGUUAUUAGCCGCUUUGGAUGAACGCAGAGGUUCCGUAAGAAUUAGCGGAUUAAAUAAUAACCCGAUCAAUUGCAGUUGCGAGGCAAAAUAUCUAUGGAGAUGGCUUCAGUUAUCAGGCAAUAAAGCGCCUAUUGUUAUUUGUGUUAAUCCUAAACAUCUCGAGGGUGUAAUGCUGAAUGAUCUUACAAAAGAGAAUUACUUAUGCAAUCACACGAUAACAAAAUCGCAGGUGACGGAAACCACACUAUUGAUGAAAUCAACAACGCACGAACCAGAAAUCAUUUGGACUAUCGCACCAAUGGUGCAAAAUAAUCGAAACAAACAUAUUGAUUAUACAAAUGCGUCCACGAUGGGUAAUAUUUCAAGCACUGAUGAUACCCUCAUUAUCAGCAUCAUUGGCGGCAUAGUGGCAUUCAUUGCGAUCAUUGUUAUUGCAAUUUGCAUCUGCCGACUGCGAUGGAACAAUCAAAUGCAAGAAACAAGAAUGACAACGAUAGGAGCAUCAAUCAUUCCCGAGGAGUCAAUGAUCCCUGAGACAUCAAUUAUACGACCGACAAAUUCCUACUCAGGCAAGAUUAAUCAUCAUGAUCUAUACGUAGGCUCGUAUAAUAGCUCAACUUUAGAUCGCGGCAGUAAUGGUUCAGUGCUACUGACUACUCCUGUGCAGAUGAUGCCCUAUACGCAAUCGAUGCACAUGAUGCAUGCUAUAAAUCCGUCCUCGCCUUCACUAUCUACGCAACAAAUCUAUGAAUAUUAUGACAAUCCACCACUUCCUAUAUAUGUUACAGAGAGCAAGAUAGACAAAUAAUUGAUGUAGAGACAUUGAUUACAGAAUAUCAUAAAUAUUUAAAAAAAACAUAAAAAAUAAAAAAAGAUUUGUAUAUAUGUGUGGUAUAUGUGGAUCUCCUCUUUUCUCUCUCUCUCUGUUUAUCUGCGCACGCGCGCUUAUAUGUGUGUGUGUGUGUACGCGCGUGCACGCGCGUGCGAAAUUUGUACGAAACAAUUCUUUAUUUAUAAUAACAUUAAUGAGAUAAAAUACAGGCCAAUUGAAACUAAAAAUAAUGUAUAAUUAUAAUACUGUAAAAAAAUUAUCUUUUGUGCGAUGUAUAUGAUGAUAAUCCCCAAAAACUUACCUUUUUAAAAAAAGGUAAAAAAAUGGCGCCAAGUUCAUGCACUAAUUGUAUCCAACUGUCAUAUUGUCUACAAAAAUAGUGAUAUAAAAAAAUUGCGUCAACUAAGAAUAAAAAUUUGUACAAGAUAAAUAGUAAAAAAAAUUUUAAUUAAAAAUACUUGGCGCUUAUUGAAAUCCGAUAAUCUAAGUUACUCUCAACUGUCCGACUCGCGUAUAGAUACACGGAGUGCCGCGCAACGCUUCGCAUGAACUUGGCGCGAGACACUACCGUGUCUCUUGAUUCCGAUUACAAUCUUAAUAUUUAUUCUGCUUAAAAACAAAACAAACUCGUGAAAGAGCGGUGAAUGAAAUUUAAUCAUUAGAGGAGACGUAUAAAAUUAAGGCGGUCUAAAAACUAAUGUCUAGUUUGACGGCACAAUUAUUUUUAAUAAACAAGUCACAUUAUUUACAAUUAUUUACAAUUAUUUUACAAUUAUUUAUACAUAGUUAUUUAUACAUAAUAGUUAUUUAUCUAUAGUAAUACAUAGUAUACGUAGUAGUUAUACAUAAUUUAUAGUUAUAUUAAUUAUAUGUAAUUGCUACGAGAACAAAGUAAUUCAGCAAGAUGCAGCGAAACUCUCGAAAACCAUACGAAAUAAUAGUAAUGUAGUGAUUGUAUUGAUAUACUGUGCAGUAAUACGCAAUGCUUUUUCUGGAUUAUACUUUUAUAUAAGACUGCCAUUUGAGAGAGAUACAAAACUAUUGUGAAAACUACAUAUUUGCGCUAUAGAUUUUUAACAGAAUAAUUUAAAUUGCUUUGUAACUUUAGAUCUUUUUCAAAAUCUUAAUUAUUUUGAAGUUGAUUAGCAGAGUUUGUUAUCAUAGGCAUCCACUAGCUGACCACCGAGAUAGUUUACGAUUAAACGCCAGAGCCGUUCGAUUCUGCCGCGAUAGGCGCAUGGGGACAUUAAGAUCGGUAUUUAUAGUAUAUUCUUAUAUUUAAAAUCAUCUUAAGUUUGUGCUUGGGUCAUCUUCUAUUCAAUCAAUGAAAUGACCGUAUGAGCAUCUUAAAACAUAAGAUGGUCUUAUGGAAAUAAGAAUGGACUAUGAAUAUGGCCUAAGCCAUUUUUAGCGAAAGCGAUUCACUCGCGUUCAGGGCGCGUCAUUGGCGCGCCAAAUAUGAACGUGUCUGUUUUGUUUCGUUACUACAGCUACUAUAUUGAAUUAUAAUAUCAGAAGCAAAAAAUAAAUUUUUUUAUUACAGAAUAAUGUUGAAAAUUAGUUUUCACACACA